GUCUUCUUCCCUCCUCCCCUACCCCGGCUCCAGUCCAUCUCUCUCUCUCUCUCUCUCUCUCUCUCACACACACAGCGACGGCCAUGGCGGAGGCCCCCCGGAGCACAGUUCUCGUCACCGGCGCCGGAGGUAGAACAGGUCAAAUUGUUUAUAAAAAAUUGAAGGAGGGAACAGAUCAGUUCAUUGUGAGGGGCCUAGUUAGGACUCAGGAAAGCAAAGAAAAAAUUGGAGGAGCUGAUGACAUUUUUGUAGCUGAUAUAAGGGAUGCUGCAAGUAUUGUUCCUGCUGUACAGGGAAUUGAUGCUCUGAUCAUUCUCACGAGUGCUGUUCCAAAAAUGAAGCCAGGGUUAGACCCAUCCAAAGGUGGACGCCCUGAGUUCUAUUUUGAAGAUGGACUAUAUCCUGAGCAGGUUGAUUGGAUUGGUCAGAAGAAUCAGAUUGAUGCUGCCAAGGCUGUUGGGGUGAAGCAUAUAGUUUUGGUUGGGUCUAUGGGCGGAACAAACCCUAAUCAUCCCUUGAACAGCCUUGGAAAUGGAAAUAUACUGGUGUGGAAACGAAAGGCAGAGCAAUACUUAGCAGACUCUGGAAUUCCAUACACAAUUAUAAGAGCUGGAGGAUUGCAAGAUAAAGAUGGGGGCCAGCGAGAGUUGCUUGUGGGAAAAGAUGAUGAGCUUCUCCAGACAGAAACUAGGACGAUACCUAGGGCUGAUGUUGCAGAAGCUUGCAUUCAGGCUCUGCAAUAUCAGGAGGCAAAGUUCAAGGCAUUUGAUCUGGCGUCAAAGCCAGAGAAUGUGGGUACACCAACAAAAGACUUCGGGGCGCUCUUCGCCCAAACCGGUGCUCGUUUCUGAAUAGCCAAUGAUGAGGCUCCAUUAAUGGACCCUUAAUUAUUCGUUGGUGUAGCUUUAAGCUGAAGAACUUGAUGACAGACUAAGAAGAGAAUUAAAAAUAAUGGCUUAUAUGUUGUGGUUCAGUCGAAAUAAAAUAAUGGUUUAUAUGCUGUGGUUCACUCAAAAAUCAGUUCUUAUGGAAGUUUGUUUUGAAA